GACCGAGCGGGGGAGGGGGGUGUAGGAGCGGCCGGAAAAGUGCCCGAGCCACAUGACCCCGGUCGCCCGCCUGUUAAAAGGAGGAACUUCCCGGACCACCUGUUCGUCUAGUCCGCGGCUCUCCCCUGUCUUUUUGGGCACCCACGCCAUGUCCGCCGCUCAGCGCUCGGCGGCCGCCCUGGCGGCAGCGGCCCCGCGCUCGGUGUACGCCUUCUCUGCGCGCCCGCUGGCCGGCGGGGAGCCCGUGAACUUGGGGUCCCUGCGGGGCAAGGUGCUGCUCAUUGAGAAUGUGGCGUCGCUCUGAGGCACAACUGUCCGGGACUACACCCAGAUGAAUGACCUGCAGCGGCGCCUCGGGCCCCGGGGCCUGGUCGUGCUCGGCUUCCCCUGCAACCAGUUUGGGCAUCAGGUGCGUCGGGCCGGGCGGAGCGGAGGUGGGCGUGCGACAGCGGAAAAUGCCAAGAACGAGGAGAUCCUGAAUUGCCUCAAGUACGUACGACCAGGCGGCGGGUUCGAGCCCAACUUCAUGCUCUUCGAGAAGUGCGACGUGAAUGGCGAGAAGGCGCAUCCGCUCUUCACCUUCCUUCGGGAGGCUCUGCCCACGCCCAGUGACGACGCCACUGCCCUCAUGACAGACCCCAAGUUCAUCACCUGGUCUCCGGUGUGCCGCAACGACGUUUCCUGGAACUUCGAGAAGUUUCUGGUGGGCCCAGACGGUGUGCCUGUACGCAGGUACAGCCGCCGCUUUCUGACCAUCGACAUCGAGCCUGACAUCGAAGCCCUGCUGUCCCAGGGGCCCAGCUAUGCCUAGGGUUCCCCUCUGACCCCUGCUGCUUGGCAGUCACAGCGUUGCCCUCUGGGGAUUUUAUCCAUGAAGGUGUUUCCUCUAAACCUGCAUGGAGGAAUGCCAGAUGUCCAGGAAAAUCCCCCGAGAUGGGCACUGGUCCUGUCCAUCCCAGCCUCCCCUUUCCUAGACCACAGCUUUCUCAUUAAUAAAGUGCUGAGUGUGAGCAUAA